AUGGUAAAGAAGCAACAAGAAGUUAAGCAGAAAUCAUCGAAAGACAUAAAAAAAGAGCUAGAGGAGAAGGCAUUUGGACUUAAAAACAAGAAGCAGAAAGCAGCCAUUAUGAAGCAGUUGGAAAGUCUCAAUCUCAAAGAGCAGCUUGAGAAGAAGGAGAGGAUGAAAAAGGAAGAGACAAAGAUGUAUGCCAAGCAGGUGAUUCCAAUAGGGGUAGACCCGAAAACAAUUCAAUGCAUAAACUUUCUGAACAAAAUAUGUCCGGAUGGAGACGGAUGCAAGUUUGCACAUGAAGUGGUCAAAAAAGUAGAGAAGCAGAGCACGGAAGCAGUGGCUGAAAAAGCAAGAAGCAUAUGCAGAUUUCUUAUAGAUGCACUACAUUCUGGAGAAUACAAAAGUGACUGGAAAUGCCCGUUUCCAGAAUGCAAUGAUGUCCAUAGGCUUGUUGAGAUGAAGGAGAAUGUGCAAGUUGAGCUCACUCUUGAGGAGUAUAUUGAGUUUUCCAGGCAAUCUCUUCCAGCGGAGUUGACUCCACUGACUGAAGAGAGGUUUAAGGAGUGGAAGAUUAAGAAGCAGAAUGAAGAGAAGGAACAUGCUAGACGAGUAAGGGCACUUUCGACCGGGGUUCUUGGAAUAGAGUUGUUUGAAACACGCCGAGAGCUAUUUAAGGACGAUGAGGAGGCAUGUGAGGAAGACUAUGCAGAGAGGUGCUACUCGGAAUCUGAUGAGAGUGAUGCGCAGUAUCAUGUUGAAUAA